UAGGCACACAGGCACGAUGGAGAGGUCUCAUUCUUUUGGGAUGCAUGCCCGGUGCUCUCAAUCUUUGUGAAUAAGUAUCUCUGAAACGGUUUUAAAGAGGAAGCAAAGUUGAAGCUUCGGUGCUCUUUCCUGGAAACUACCCACCAAGCUUGUAUCAAUGUAUAAUAACUCCCACGUAAACCUUGUUGUUCAUAAGCUUCAAUCUCUCAUACUCUCUUUUACUGUAUUCUCCUUUGAUUUUCAAUCAUGGCUAUGUCUAGUUCUUCUGGUUCUGCUUAUGCUUCACAUUAUGACUUCGCCGCUAACUUCUUCCUUGAGGUAGCCACCCUCACUAAGCCUCAAAAGAGAUGGCGCUUGGCUUUCAAAGCCAUCUACUCCACCCGAGCUCUCCUUUCUCUUCUUAUCAAUAAGAACACUCAGUUUCUCACCCUUCUCUCCCAUUCCCCUUCUUACACUGCUCUUGACAUUAAUGAUCAUGACUACUCCUAUGCCAAUUCCAUGGUACCUUUCUCCAAUGUUGACCACGAAACCCUGUUUGCCGUCGUGAAGGAGAAGAAUUUACGACUUCUUGAUCAGUUUGGAGGAGUUGAUGGAGUUGCUGCUGCUCUCAAUGUUGAUUUCAAGGAUGGAAUCCAUGGUAGCACCGAAGAUGUUACUCGCCGAAGCAAUGUAUUUGGGUCUAAUACUUAUCGAAAGCCGCCUGCGAAAGGGUUCUCACAUUUCAUCUUGGAAGGAUUCAAGGAUACCACAAUUCUUAUUCUUCUGGUAUGUGGUGCUCUCUCUCUUGGAUUUGGCAUCAAAGAAGAUGGACCUAAAGAUGGGUGGUAUGAUGGUGGGAGCAUAUUUCUUGCUGUCUUUCUUGUUAUUUUUGUCUCUGCAAUUAGUAAUUUCAAGCAAUCGAAACAGUUUGAAAAGCUCUCUGAAAAAAGCAACGACAUUAGAGUUGAUGUUAUCAGAGAUGGACGGCGGCAACAGAUCUCCAUCUUUGAAAUCGUCGUUGGAGACAUUGUUGUUUUGAAGAUAGGUGAUCAGAUUCCAGCGGACGGAUUGUUCUUAGAUGGUCAUUCCUUGAAGGUGGACGAGUCCAGCAUGACAGGGGAAAGUGACCAUGUGGACAUCAAUGGUGACCAGAACCCUUUCAUGAUCUCUGGAGCCAAGGUUGCUGAUGGGUAUGGCAGAAUGCUUGUCACUUCUGUUGGCAUUGACACAACUUGGGGAGAGAUGAUGAAUUCAAUAAGCAGUGAAACAGAGGAGCAGACCCCAUUACAAGUUCGCCUCAAUAAGCUCACUUCUUAUAUAGGUAAGGUUGGUUUAACUGUUGCUUUCAUUGUUCUUGUUGUGAUGCUAGUUCGUUACUUCACUGGCAACACAAAAGAUGAAAAGGGGAAUCGCGAGUUCAUUGGAAGGGGGACUGGAUUUGAUGAUGUGAUGAAUGCUGUAGUGGGUAUUGUCUCUGCUGCUGUAACAAUUGUAGUGGUGGCCAUCCCAGAAGGCUUGCCAUUGGCUGUCACUCUCACUCUCGCUUACUCUAUGAAGAAAAUGAUGGCUGAUCAUGCUCUGGUUCGCAAACUUUCAGCGUGUGAGACUAUGGGUUCAGUCACUACCAUAUGUACAGAUAAAACUGGUACCCUCACAUUGAACCAGAUGAAGGUCACUGAGUUUUGGGUUGGCGAAGAAGCAGUUACUGAUGGGGCUUUCGAGGUGAUAGAACCCAAUGUCCUUCAAUUGCUGCAAGAGGGAGUUAGUUUGAACACAACUGGCAGUGUUUAUAAGCCUAACUCAGGAGCUGUGCCCGAGUUUUCUGGUAGCCCAACUGAGAAAGCCAUUCUCUCGUGGGCUGUGUUGGAUUUGGGUAUGGAUGUCGAGGAAGUGAAGCAGAGUUGCACAGUUCUCCAUGUUGAAGCCUUCAAUUCAGAGAAGAAGAGAAGUGGAGUUUUGAUGAGAAAGAAUGGUGAGAAGGCAAUUUUCGUGCAUUGGAAGGGAGCUGCUGAGAUUAUACUAGCUCUCUGUUCUAGCUACUAUGGCAUAUCAGGGACUGCAAAGCCCAUGAAUGAAGAAAAAAGGAUGAAAUUUGAGCAAAUUAUUAAAGGUAUGGCAGCUAAGAGCCUUCGAUGCAUUGCUUUUGCCUACAAACAGCUCUCAGAAGAAGAAAAUGGAAAUGCCACCCAAAAGCUUGAAGAAGAUGGACUGAUCUUGUUAGGCCUAGUGGGUUUGAAAGACCCAUGUCGAUCUGAGGUAAGUAAGGCUGUGGAAACUUGCAGAGAAGCUGGUGUCAACAUUAAAAUGAUCACUGGUGACAAUGUUUUCACUGCAAGAGCUAUAGCCAUUGAAUGUGGAAUACUAAAAGGUGAAGAAGAUUUGAACAAUGCAGUGGUGGAAGGUGUCAAAUUUCGAAACUUCUCUCCAGAAGAGAGGAAGCAGAAGGUUGAUACGAUCCGGGUUAUGGCAAGAUCUUCCCCCUUUGACAAACUUCUGAUGGUACAGUGCUUGAAAGAGAAAGGCCAUGUUGUUGCCGUCACUGGUGAUGGCACUAAUGAUGCACCAGCACUAAAAGAAGCAGACAUCGGGCUUUCAAUGGGAAUUCAAGGCACCGAAGUGGCAAAGGAGAGCUCAGACAUUGUCAUCUUAGAUGAUAACUUCAAUUCAGUUGUCACAGUUCUGAAGUGGGGUAGGUGUGUCUACAACAACAUUCAAAAGUUCAUCCAGUUUCAGCUCACAGUGAAUGUUGCUGCCCUUGUGAUCAACUUUGUUGCUGCAGUUUCCUCUGGUAAAGUCCCAUUAACAGCAGUCCAGUUACUGUGGGUGAAUCUGAUCAUGGACACAUUGGGAGCUUUGGCCCUAGCCACCGAGCAGCCCACCAAGGAGCUCUUAGAGAAGCCGCCGGUUGGUCGAACUGCAGCUCUUAUAACCAAGGUCAUGUGGAGGAACCUCAUUGCUCAAGCCUUAUAUCAAGUAACAAUCUUGCUGAUUCUGCAGUUCAAGGGAAUGGCCAUCUUUGGUGUAGAAGAGAAGAUCAAGGACACCCUCAUUUUCAAUACCUUUGUCCUCUGCCAAGUCUUCAAUGAGUUCAAUGCAAGGAAGUUGGAGAAGAAGAACAUAUUUGAGGGGAUACAUAAGAACCGAUUGUUUCUGGGGAUUGUGGGAAUGACACUUAUUCUUCAAGUGGUGAUGGUGGAGUUCCUGAAAAAGUUUGCAAACACAGAGAGAUUGAAUUGGGGGCAAUGGUGUGCAUCUAUUGGAAUUGCAGCAUUAUCUUGGCCUAUUGGUUGGGUUGUCAAGUUCAUACCAGUUUCUGAUAAACCAUUCUUCAGCCUUCUCAAGCAUUAAUAGUUCUUCAAGAUCCUGAAAUAGGGACCUACAACAGCUUCUAACUUCUAUAAUUGGUUUCUGCUAUUAUUUUAAACUUUUUAGCUUACAUUGAUGCCUUUCUUAGAUUCUAUUAUUUCUUUCUUGUAAAUAUGAAAUGGGUUGGACUGUUCAUAUAUUCUAUAGGUAAUCAGAGAAUUUCCAUUGAUUCUGCUGUCGUUUGCUAGACCUGACACUUUUUCAUCCCUUUUCAUAUGUAAAUCUCACUGAAAUUCAAUGCAAGAUACCCAUAAUGUAAUGAUUA